AUCUCCUAUAGCCUACGCACACCCCACCAUUCUCAUUUCUCAGUUCCUUUGAAUGCAUAUAUUCUCGGCUUUUUCACAUUUCUUUGUUGGUUUCACGGAAAGUUAGAGAAGAAAAGAAAUGGGGCUUGAUCUUUCUCCAAAAUUGGCCAAGAGAGUGUAUGGAGGCGAUGGUGGUUCGUACCAUGCGUGGUCCCCAUCAGAGCUCCCCAUGCUGCGUGAAGGCAAUAUUGGUGCAGCCAAGUUGGCCCUUGGAAAGAAUGGUUUUGCUCUACCUUGUUACUCUGACUCCGCUAAAGUUGCUUAUGUCCUCCAAGGUAAUGGUGUAGCAGGAAUUGUUCUUCCUGAAUCCGAAGAGAAGGUCAUUGCAAUAAAAAAGGGUGAUGCCAUUGCUCUUCCUUUUGGUGUUGUUUCAUGGUGGUACAACAAAGAGGACACUGAGUUAGUUAUUCUUUUCUUGGGAGACACUUCUAAAGCUCGCAAAGCUGGUGAGUUUACUGAUUUUUUCUUGACGGGUUCCAACGGGAUCUUCACUGGCUUCUCAACUGAGUUUGUUGGCCGAGCAUGGGACUUGGAUGAGAAUGUUGUAAAGAGCCUCAUUGGAAAGCAAUCCGGCAAUGGAAUUGUCAAGCUUGAUGAGAACUUUAAAAUGCCUGAACCAAAUAAGGAACAUCGAGAGGGCAUGGCACUGAAUUGUGAGGAGGCUCCAUUAGAUGUGGACAUUAAAAAAGGUGGAAGGGUUGUGGUCUUGAAUACCAAGAACCUUCCUUUGGUUGGUGAAGUUGGUCUUGGGGCUGACCUUGUUAGGUUGGAUGGGAGUGCCAUGUGCUCUCCUGGAUUCUCCUGUGAUUCGGCACUACAGGUGACUUAUAUUGUUAGGGGUAGUGGCCGUGUUCAAGUUGUUGGUGUUGAUGGUCGCAGGGUCUUGGAAACAACUGUUAAGGCAGGGAAUUUAUUCAUUGUGCCAAGGUUUUUUGUUGUUUCGAAGAUUGCUUCUUCUGAUGGUUUGGAGUGGUUCUCUAUCAUCACCACCCCCAACCCAAUAUUCACUCAUUUAGCCGGAAGAACUUCUGUGUGGAAGGCUUUAUCUCCUCAGGUACUUGAGGCUGCAUUCAAUGUGGAUUCGGAUACGGAGAAUCAUUUCCGUUCGAAGAGGACUUCUGAUGCCAUUUUCUUCCCUCCACCAAGCUGAACAAAAUGAACUUGCUUAGUUUCAAUUUUCUUUGUUUCCCCAAUAAAAAGUCUUGGUGUUUUUCAAGUCUGUUCCAGUUUAUGGCUUAAGACUUGUCAAAAUGGUUCAUUCUGGAUUUAUAUUUGGGUUGUGGUUCUGUUCUUGUUUAUAAUCAUAGACUUGGUUAAUAUGGUUUCAACCUUAA